CAGGAACAUCCACAAUACGGACUCGAUCCUCAACUAACUAAGCCUUUGCAACAACAUCAACAUGGUCCUCGAGCUCCAUCCAUGUACCGAGUUGGACAUCCCGGAGUUUGUCCGAAUCCAGAUUGCGGCAUUCGGGACUGGCGGCGGCAUGACCCAAUUCAUGGUCGAACAUCCACCUUCAGAAGAGUACAUCAACAAGUCAGUCGACAAGCACCUCAAGUCGUUCCGCGAAGAGGAUGAUAUCACAUAUCUCAAGGUCGUCGACACCGAGCGUGAUGGCCAGAUGAUUGCCGGUGCAAAGUGGCGCAUCAACCAAAAGGAGCGCAAGGAGCAGGAGAUACAGUCCAUGCUGCCUGUGCCAGGCGCAGACGAAGAUGGAAAGCAGGCAAUGAUCGACUUCAUCUGGUAUCUGAACAGGGUUAGGAAAGAGUUCAUGGGCACCAAGCCCUUCUACUUCUUGCAUAUCUUGAUUACCGACCCAGAACACCAUCGACGCGGGGCUGGUGCUAAGCUCAUCUGUUGGGGCACUGCACAGGCUGACGCUGCGCAACUGCCGUGCUUCUUGGAGUCCUCAGUCAUGGGCCGGCCGUUGUAUGCUAGGUGCGGAUUUACGCCACGAUAUGAGCAGAGUUUUGACCUGACCAAGUAUGGAGGCAAGGGUAAAGACAUGAACACGGUCAUGAUCCGGGAUCCCGUAAAGGCCUAGGCAGAAGGCGCCGCGCUUUCAAGACCAAGAGAUAGGAGUAACCACGACGAACGGGGCAUGAGCACGUGGCAAAAACUUCUUCCUAUGGUAUUCGCCUAUAUUACCCCAUAUGAAGAUCUUUACGUCUGCUUGUAUGUGAUCGUUACACCUGUUGAAGUACCACAUCACUGAAUGCCAACUUCACAAUAUUGAAUGUGUUAAAUGUCAGUCGGACU